AAUGAUAGAUUAUGCUGGGAUUAUAAGUAUGAAAAGAGAAUAAUUUCAUGUGAAUAUUAGAAAAUAAAGAAAUGAAAAGUAAUUCAAAGAAUCAAGAAAAAAAUAUAUUCAAUCUUUAUUUUUUCAAUAAACAGAAAUGCAAGAAAUGUCCAAUACAAUUAGAGAUAAAUUAGAAAAAGGUGAAAAUCUUUAAGGAGAAGUUUUAUAGAUGAUGGUUGAUACAAUUUUAGAUGUACUUUAGAAAAAUAAUAAUAUGAAUCUAUUAGAUGUAAGGAUCAAAAUUAAUUUAGACAAUUGAUGCAGCUGUUUGGAUGUUAAAAUCUAUAGAAGAAUAAACUUAUGAGGAUGAAUUAAGUGAUAAUUUAAAAAUGUUAAGAAUUGUAGAUAAAAUGAUAUUAUAUUCAUAAGGAUAUGAGAUUGAUAAUGAACCACUUAAUUCUUAAAUCAUUAUAUAUGCUGCUAAAGUUAGUUUAUAUUCUUAACUAGUUCCUCAAAUAUUGGACUUAAAUGGAGGAUAAAUCAUUAUAUCUUAAAUUUGGAGAAAUUGCAGAAACUAUAUAUUUCUUACUUAAUAAAUAAGAAUAGAUGUUUAUUAAGAGAGGAGCAGAUAUAUUGUAUAAUAUGGCAUUAAUUGAAAAUGGAAAGAUAUUAAAUUAGAUACAUGAACUCACAAUUUUUGGUCAAAAAUUAGUUAAACCUAUUUGUACUAUAUUAAAAACAAAUCACAAUAUAAAAAUCUUAUCUACUUUAUGGAGAGUAGUUUUAUAAACAUUUUUAGAUUAAGAUAGAAAUGGACAAUUAUAAUAUGUCAAUUUUAAUAUCUAAGAAAAUUAAGAAAAUAUUAGUUUUUUUAAUUUGUUAAUAAAUUAGGUUAUAGAAUCAGAACAAUAAAAUCUAAAAUUGUUUAAAAAUUAAAUGCAUUUGAUUCAGCAAAUACUUGAUUAUUAUUAAUCAGAAAAUGAAUAAAUCUAUGAAGAGUUCAAGUAAUUGCUAAUUACAUCUCAAUUUUCUAUUAAAUUGAAAGAUCUCUGGUUAUUUCAUAAAUGGAAUUCUAUAGCAACAACUGCACAUGA